UACCACACCCCUCCAUGGUCAUUGUCAUUAAUAUUACCCCUUGCCAUCAAAGUCUGUGUAAUCCAAUUCAUUACUCAAUGACAAAAUGAAAAAAAAAAAAAAAUGCAAAGUUACUUUCCCAAUGGCAUAAUUUAAGUUUAAAUUUAAGGGGGUAUCAACAAUUAGAGGCCUUUAAACACUGUCGGUUUUCACUUCAGUUUGUCUCAGCAAACUGCAUUGAUGGCUAAUGGCUUCCCUCAUUAUUCUGAAACUUUUUUUGCUCCUCUCUGCAAUUAGCUUGUCAAGAACAUGGGCUCUCAACUCUUCUUCUUCUUCUUCCUCUUCUUCUUCUUCUUCCAUAACUUCUCUGCAAUAUUCCCAAUCUUUGUCCUCCAUAAAAUCUAUCUGCAAAACCACACCAUACCCAGAUGUCUGUUUUGACUCAUUGAAGCUCUCCAUCGGUAUCUCAAUUAAUAUCAAUCCAAACAUCAUCACCUACCUCCUUCAAACACUCCAAACCGCAAUAUCCAAGUCUGAAAACCUUUCCAAUCUGUUCUUGGAUGCUGGACGCCACUCAAAUAUCAUCGAAAAACAAAGAGGAACCAUCCAGGACUGCAAAGAAGUCCAUCAAAUCACCUUAUCUGCUUUACAAAGAUCAGUGUCCCGAAUCCAUGAUGCACCCAAUAAUAAACAGAAACUAGCCGAUGCAAGAACUUACCUUAGCGCAGCACUCACAAACAAGAACACAUGCUUGGAAGGCCUGGAAUCAGCUUCGGGUCCUUUGAAGCCAACUCUACUGAAUUCCAUACAUGACACUUACAAGCACGUAAGUAAUUCUCUUUCAAUUAUGUCUAGCCAAAAUGGUCAUACUAAUAGGCGCCUCAUGGAUAUGGGUGUUCCAACAUGGAUUUCAAAAAAAUUAGACAGUCGGACUCGGAUAUUGGAGAGUGAAUAUGACCAUGUCCUAACUGUGGCUACUGAUGGAACUGGAAAUUUCACUACUAUCACUGAUGCUAUCAAUUUUGCUCCAAACAAUAGCUAUAAUGAGAGAACAUUUAUCUAUGUUAAACAGGGGGUUUAUGAGGAAAAUGUGGAAAUCCCAGAUUACAAGCCCAAUAUUGUUCUGCUCGGGGAUGGAGCUGAUGUUACUCUCAUUACUGGUGACAGAAGUAUGGGCGAUGGCUGGACCACUUUCAGAUCUGCAACUCUUGGGGUAUCUGGCGAUGGCUUUCUAGCACGAGACAUAUCUGUUGAGAAUAAGGCUGGAGCAAAGAAGCAUCAAGCGGUUGCCUUGAGAAUAAAUGCGGACUUGGUUGCAUUGUACAAGUGCUCCAUUAGUGGUUUCCAAGAUACACUGUAUGUUCAUUCCUUUCGACAAUUCUACCGAGAGUGUGACAUAUUAGGGACUAUAGAUUUUAUAUUUGGGAAUGCUGCAGUGGUAUUUCAAGGAUGUAACAUUGUGUCCAGGAUGCCAAUGCCUGGCCAAUUCACGGUUAUCACAGCACAGUCUCGUGACACACUGGAUGAAAACACUGGAAUCUCCUUUCAGAAUUGUUCAAUUUUGGCUACAAAUGAUUUAUACUCUAAUUCUACUAGUGUAAAAAGCUACCUAGGAAGGCCAUGGAAAGUGUACUAUCAAACAGUCUACUUAGAGUCGUACAUUGACAACUUCAUUGACCCAGCUGGGUGGACACAAUGGGCUAGUGAUGAUGAUCGAGGAAUAGAUACUUUGUAUUAUGGAGAAUAUGAUAAUUAUGGGCCUGGCUCAUCAACAGAUGAUAGAGUUACAUGGCCAGGGUAUCACGUGAUGGAUAUUUCUGAUGCAUAUAAUUUUACAGUGUCAGAGUUCAUUACUGGUGAUGAAUGGUUGGAUUCCACUUCAUUUCCUUACGAUGAUGGGGUUUAAGUUUGAUCUAGUAUAAGGAGGCUUUUAA